GGCGGCCGAGAACCGACCGUCAAGAAAUAGAUUUAGUUUGGUUAGUUCGUGCGCGGGGCCCCAGCGACUGGGACGACGGGCAAUUCAAACGAGGCGAACGACAUUAUACGACGAUCCAAAAUACGCGCACACGUUGUAAUAUUGCGAAGAGGUUAAAGGGGGAAUAAGCAAAAAAGAAAAAAAGCAAAAAAAAAGAAAAGAAAAGAGACGGAUAGAAAGGAAAGGAAAAAACAAAAAACCAGGUCCGAAACAAUAUAAAGAAAAGGGGGGAAAAAAAAAAAUAACAACAACGUCGAGAAAUUAUCGUUUGCGCGAAUUGUUCGAAAGCCCGGACGUGUUUGUACGUUGUAUUAUACACACAUAUUUUAUAUCGCAGUUUUAUCCGUAUUUCUUAAACAGUAAUUCGUAUAUUGUAAAAGUGCUGUAAAUCUCGUUUAUACCACGACGAUAUCGGCGCAUUAAGAAAGGAAGAAAAGAAAGAGAUAGAAACAAAGGAUAAGGAAAAACAAAUUUUGGAGAAUUUUACUUGUGGUGUAUAUCGAUCGGUGCGAAAUUAAAUAAGGUAGAUGGUGCCGGCUGACUGUAAUUAGCGAAGGCAGGAACAGGAGUUAGGCGCACCCCAGCACGAUGGGGGUCGCCGAAGAUUUUGCCCCCAGCUUUACGCAGAAGCCGCAAUUACGACAGGAGGACGAGGGUAACAGGUUGAUAUUCGAGUGUCAGCUGUUGAGUUCCCCAAAUCCUGAAAUAUCAUGGUUUCGCGGAGAGACACAGCUGAACGAGGACGCUAGGACGAAUUUCAAGAUACAAAGUAUCGGGACUAACAAGUUCCUCGUUGUACUCGAGCUUGACGACGUAAUAGAGACCGAUGCCGGACUUUACAAGGUCAAGGCGAAGAACAAGAUGGGAGAAGUCGCCGCGUCCAUCAAUCUCAACUUCAGCCCUGUCGAUGAGCCUAGGGAGAAACAAAUCGACGGCAUUGCUCCAACCUUCGCGAAAAAGCCGGCGAUCAGACAAGAAGAGGAUGGAAAACGAUUACUAUUCGAAUGUCGUAUAACCGCGGAUCCGACCCCCAAAGUAACCUGGUCUCACAACGGAAAUUUGGUCCAGGAAUCCCCGCGCCACAAAUUAACGGUGGACAAGGACGGCCACUCGUACUUUGCAACGUUAGAAAUCAAGAACGUGACUGUUGAGGAUGCUGGAAAAUACAAAGUCAAUGCAAAGAACGAGCUCGGCGAGUCCAACGCCACGAUUUCACUCAAUUUCGACAGCGACGAGGCGCCCGUCCCAGACGACGGAAUCAAGCCAACCUUCACCGAGAGGCCUGUGAUCAGACAGUCGGACGAUGGCAACACUAUUACUUUCGAAUGUCGAUUAGUCGGCGAUCCGAAACCGACUGUCAAAUGGUAUCACGGCAACGACGAAAUAAAAGACGGCGGGAGGUUCACAACUUCCCUCGAACUUGAUCAGAAGCUCUACCAUUUAGCCAGGCUGCAAAUCACCAGCGUUGCUAAGGCCGACAGUGGUGAAUACAAAGCUAUCGCCAAGAACAAACACGGGAACGGCGUUGCUACGAUAAAUCUCAACUUUGAGGGAGGCGAUAAACCGAAAAUACCCGACGGAAAACCGCCCCGAUUUCCAAAAAAGCCAACGAUACGUCAAGACGGCGAAGUACUGAUAAUGGAAUGUAUAUUGGAGGCACAUCCGGUGCCAGACAUCACCUGGUACCAAGGGACAAAAGCAAUAGCGGACAGUCCGCGAGUCAAGAUGCUGAGAAAGUCAACAAGCAAGGACACAUAUCUAUUAACGUUGGAAAUAUCGAAUCCGACCAAAGCUGACGGCGGAAAUUAUCGGUGCAACGCCUUCAACAGCUACGGCGAAAGUAACGCCAACAUCUCCCUCAACUUCCAAGAUGAUGGAGCAGGAUUCGCGCCUUCUUUCAUCGAGAAGCCGCGUAUCAUUCCAAACGAAAGUGGCACUCUGAUAACGAUGAAGUGCAAGUGUAAAGCGAAGCCGAAACCGGACGUCACCUGGUUCCGGGGCACAACCGUCGUCAAGGAGUCGUCGAAGAUCACAAUCAGAAGUUCCGGCGUCGAGGAAGACGUGUACGAACUAACACUCGAAAUUAAGGAUCCAUCGGGUCCGGACGGAGGCACGUACAGGUGCCACGUCAAAAACGAAUAUGGCGAGAGCAACGCGAACCUGAAUUUGAACAUAGAGGCUGAGCCGGAACCGGAGGGCGACGGUCCGACCUUCGUCGACAAGCCACGAAUCCAGUCCCAGAAUCAAGGAAAAUUGGUCAUCAUGGACUUCCGAGUCAAGGCUGAUCCGAAGCCGGAUAUCGUUUGGACCCACGCCGGCAAAGUCGUCAAGGAAUCGUCGAAAAUAUCCAUCAGUAUAACCAAGGAGAAGGAGGAUGUUUACUACAUUAAACUUGAACUUAACGACCCUGGCGCCGACGACUCGGGACUCUAUAAAUGCAACAUCAGAAAUACCCUCGGAGAACUGAACGCCAAUUUGACGCUGAACGUCGAAAUAAUACCGGUGAUAAAGGAGAAGCCGAAAGUGAUCAAGAUCGUGAAGAAGAAGACCGUCAUUGUAGAAUGUCAAGUACUGUCCAAAUUUGCACCGGACUGCACAUGGUUCAAAGAAUCGAAGGCAGUGAAGGAAGAUUCCCGGCAUACUGUUCACGUCGAGAAAGUCAAAGAGGGAGAGUUCGCCGUCAAGUUGGAAAUCGAACAGGUAUCAACGAUUGACAAGGGAACGUACAAGCUUGUCGCUAGGAAUGAGAAGGGCGAGGCCACUUCUCAGGUUGUUGAAAUCACCGAGAUCCCGGCCGAGGAGGGUGACAAACCAAAGCUCGCUUCUGGUCUCAAAUCCAUUACUGCCGAAGAAGGCAGGACCAUCGAAUUUGUUGCUCGACUCGCCAAAGAGGACAGGAAAAUCAAUGUUGUGUGGACAAAGAAUUCUACUAUCGUGAAAUCGUCGAGGGACAUCAAGAUGUCUUUUAACGGUACGGACAUCAAGUUGACAAUAAAUUCCGUUACAACCGACUAUUCAGGCUCCUACAAACUCGUCGUUACCAAUGAAUUCGGCAAGGACGAAUCGUCAGCCGAGCUUAUAAUUAAGAAGAAGGAGGAAAAGAAGAAGGAGGAAGAAGAGGAGGAGAAGGAGGAAGAGAAGGUCGAAAAGAAAAAGAAGAAGGAAGAAGAAGAGAAGGUAGAAAAGAAGGAAGAGAAGAAGGUAGAAAAGAAGGAAGAGAAGAAGGAAGAGAAGAAGGUAGAAAAGAAGGAAGAGAAGAAGGAAGAGAAGAAGGAAGAGAAGAAGGAAGAGAAGAAGGAGGAAAAGAAGCUGGAGGAAAGCUCCGACGAAGAAGAGCGUUCCGUUAGCUUGGUAGAAUCGAGUGUCGCAGAGCCUGUCGUCGAAGACGCAGACUCAUCGUCAGAGCCAGUAACUCAGGUUGAGGAUAUACCCGCUGACACGAAAGCAAACGGUAUUGACAAACCGAUUUUGAAGAAGAAAAUCGAAAUUAGGAAAGACGAGCCUGAAGUUAACAAUGUUGAGAAGAUCGAAGAGAAAAAGGUCGUCAAGAAAAAGGUUGAUGAAAAGACCGCAGAGGAGAAGAAAGAACCUACCAAGGUAAAGAAGGUCGUGAAGAAAAAAGAACCUGUGGACGAAUCAAAGGACACUUCACGUGAGGCUACACCAAAAUUGGAAAAAACUACUGGAACCAGGAAGCAGUCAAUCAGCAGGGUCGAAGAACUUCGCACAGAAAGUCGUCGAAGUUCUCUUGUUACGACCGAAGAAGAGAUUACAAGAGAUGGUAGCAAGACACCGGAACGUCGUUUCUCUACACAAAAGGUUGAAGAGGAAACGAAAUCCGAGAGCCGUCGUUCGUCUACGGUAGACAAAAAGACGAUUGGCGUAAAGGUCGAGGAGCCUAAGAAAAAAGUCGACGAGGCAAAACCCGCGCCCAAAGAAGAAGUUAAACCAAAAACAACCCCUGCUACUAAACUUGAACCCAAGGUUGAACCCAAGGUUGAUCCUAAGGUUGAGCCUAAGGUUGAGCCUAAGGUUGAGCCUAAGGCAGAAGCCGGGCCAAAAACCGUCCCCAAAGAUGCAGAAAAGCCGAAAUCAACUCUCGGUGUUAAAGUUGAACCCAAGGUUGAGGAAAAGCCGAAAUCAACUCUCGGCGUUAAAGCAGAACCCAAAAUUGAGCCCAAAGCUGAACUUAAGGUCGAGUCAGUACCGAAACCUGCCGAUGAACCCAAGCCAAAAACAACUCUGGGUGUUACACCCGAUGAAAAGAAAACCGAGCAGGAUGCAAAGAAAUUGGGCCUGCAAAAAACCGCGACGCUCGAAGAACAGAAAAAGGGGCUGAACAAGGUCGAGUUGAAGACAGAGGAAACAAAGCCGGCGGAGGUGAAACCGAAAUUUCGUAUACCGCCAAAAUCAGCGGUUAAAAAUGAGUCCUUCAUAGGUUUUCAACUUAAACCUGUUAAGCGUGGAUCAAAGCCUGAUCAAGGUGAAAGUGACACGAUUGAGCUCAAGAAAACAGAGAAACCGGAAAAACUCGAGGCGAAGAAAGUCAAGGCUGCCGAAAAAUCGAAGGCAUCGAGCUACGAGCUGCCCGAAAUUCCAGAUUACGAAAGAGCUGUUUUGGAAAAACCGCAGGAAUUCGACUUUGGCGAUCAUGUUCCUCGCGAUAAAACUAAAUUGGACAGACCGGCGAGUCAGAAGUUGGAUACGAAGCCAAAACUACCGGAAAUCAAAGCACCGGAAGCGCCGAAAAUCGAGGUCAUCAAAGACUCGACUCCAGACGCGAGCAGGAAAGGCUCCCUGGCACCCGGAAGUGGGACGAACAGUCGUCGAGGUUCGCUCAUUCCUCCAGAGGAAUUGGGACGUAGAGCCAGUCUUAUUAUCACUGACGAGGAGAAUAGGAAGCUGCGCCCUGGUGAAGUGGUGGAGGAACGUAAGGUUGGAAAAUUACGUCCAGGCGAGGUGUUAGACGCCAAGAAUAGGAUCGGGCGUCCUGGUGAACUACAGUCCGAAAAACAGCGUCGUCGUCCAAGCACGGACGUCCGAAGACCAAGUGUGGCGGAUCUCGAGAAUAGAAUCAAUGAACCCAGCACUCCUCUACGAGACAUCGGUCCAGGUGGACCCCCGCAAAUUGUCCAUGUCGAGGACUCGUAUUCCGCCCGUGAAGAUUCGACGGCAUACCUUACCGUACAGGUGGAAGGUAAUCCGGCCCCAACGUUCAAGUUCUACAAGGGAAUAACGGAGCUGAUAGAAGGCGGUCGUUUCAAGUUCCUCACGGACUCCGAAACGAACACGAUAACACUUUGCAUGAGAAAAGCGAAGCCGAACGAUGAGGGAACCUACAAAAUUGUCAUCAGCAACAUUCACGGCGAGGAUUCGGCCGAGAUGCAGCUUUACGUCGGAGACGCGAGUGGAAACGACUUCCGAGCCAUGCUCAGGAAGAGGAAGUACCAAAAAUGGGCCAGAGACGAGGGCGAACAGGAGAAAGUCGACCUCAAGGAAGUCGAGAAGCCAAUUCCGGCGUUGAAGAAAGUUGAAAAGAAACCAGAAUCCUUCCUGAAGCCCCUCGUCGAUCAGUACGCCAAGGAAGGAAAAGACAAGAAGGUCGUUUUCGAGGCAAACUUCACCAAACCAAACUGCAAGCCGAAAUGGUUUUUCAGGAAAGAUGAACUCUUCGCCAGCGCGAAGUACAAGUUCAAAAAUGAAAACGACUCGUAUCAGCUCAUCAUCACCGGACCGAAAGUUGACGAUACUGGAAAAUAUACGAUUGAUAUUAGCGGGGUUUCAUGCACCGCCUUCCUUACUGUCGAAGAACCUGAUCCAACCUACUCAUUCACCAAGCCAUUGUCGAAGAAAACGAGUGGCUUCACUCUACACGAAGCUUACAUGGAGUGCCAGGUCAGUUCCAGCAUGGCCAAGGUGUCCUGGUGGAAAGGAAAGGUCAAGUUGGACGACGACGAUAACAUGAGCAUUUCGAAGGACAUGUCCGGCGUUUGUCGGUUGACUAUAAAAAGUGCGAAACUGUCGGACAGCGGAGAAUACAGCUGUAAGAUCGAGAAACAGACCGACAAGACAGACACAGUUCUCACGAUUGUCGAAUAUCCCUACAAAUUCGUCAAGGUUCUUAAGCAUCAGCAAAUGGUCGAAAAAGACACCAUCACUUUGGCCUGUGAACUGGACGACGCUGCUGGUGACGUGAAGUGGUUCAAGGGAGACCAGGAAAUAAAGCCCGACAAACGCGUUCAAAUCAAGGUUGACGGUCGGAAACGCAAGCUCAUCAUCAAGGAUGCCAAGGUGACAGACGCAGGGAUGUAUUCGUGCGUCAGUAAUGCGGAUAAGACAGAGGCUGAAAUCACUGUCAACUAUUUGAACCGGUUCAACAAGAAGCUGAAGGAUACGGUUGCCAUUGAGCGAGAGAAGCUAGUGUUGGACGUUGAGCUUCAGGACCAAACGGCGCCGGCUGAGUGGCUCUUUAACGGAAAGCCAAUCGAGCCAAGCGAGAGGGUUGAGAUCAAGAAUCUGGGUGGAGGAAAGCACCAGCUAGUAUUUAACAAACUGGAAAUGGAAGACGAUGGUGAGAUCACCUGCCAAAGUGGGCAACUAUCCAGUGCCUGUCACCUUACCGUCAAGAAAGGAGAGAGCAAACCGAUCAUCGACGUACCCGACAAGAUCGAAGGCGCUUGCAGCGCUCCUCUCGUAUUCGUAGUGCCUUUCAAAAUUGAUGGCACCAAGCAGACACCAGUCGAGGCGAAACUUCUCAAGGACGGUAAGCCACUGCCACUUAAGGACGUCGAGAUCAUCGUUGGCGACGAUAAAAUAACGUACAAGAUAAAGAAACCGAGCAGAGAUCAAACCGGACCGUAUCAAAUCAAAAUCGGAAACGGACAGGGCGAGGAAGUCAAGGAUGUACACAUCAAUAUGCAAGACGUCCCAUCGCCUCCGACGGACGUGGACGUCAAGGACGUCUUCCAGAGCUCCUGCGUGGUUAGUUUUAAACCGUCGAAGGACGACGGUGGUUCUCCGAUAACGAAAUACGUUAUCGAACGUCUCGACAUGAGCUUGAAAUCGCAGUGGGCAAAUGUUGGGGAGGUGAUGCCAGGCGAAAAGUGUGUCUACAAAGUAGAGGACUUAGUACCCAAAAAAGAAUACAGAUUCCGAAUUGUUGCCGUCAACAAGCUUGGCCCCAGUGAACCUGCCAACUUUGCCAAGCCCAUCCUGGCCAAGGAUCCUUGGGACGAGCCCGGGAAGCCCGGAAACGUCGAGGUGGUCGAUUGGGACAAGGACCAUGCAGACCUGACGUGGACAAAGCCGGAGAGCGACGGCGGUGCCCCGAUAACUGGCUACAUUAUCGAGUACAAGGAGAAGUUCGGCAAGGAGUGGGUCAAGGGCAAAGAGAUUGAGGGUGACAUAACAAAGGCAACUAUUGAUAAACUGAAGGAAGGCACGCAGUACGAGUUCAGGAUCCGCGCGGUUAACAAGGCUGGACCAGGAGAGCCAUCAGACGCUACCAAACCGAUAAUAGCGAAAUCUCGCUUCGUCAAGCCCUACAUAAUCGGGGACCAGCUGACCAAUCUGAUCGUUAAGAAGGGCCAGGUCAUAAAGUACGACAUCAAAUUCGGCGGUGAGCCUGAACCCGAGGUGCACUGGUUCCUCGGUGAAAAGGAACUCAUUCCCGACUCAGCCGAGCGACUUACAAUCGACAAGUACGAACGCAACAGCGUACUGACCGUUCGAAAGACAACCAGACCUGAUUCUGGAAAGUACAAAAUUGUUCUCACCAACGGCUCCGGCACCUGCGAAAGCGUCGCUGACGUCGUGGUUCUGGACAAGCCAACCCCGCCCAAGGGACCGUUGAAGGUAGAAGAGGUGCGGUCCGAUCACGUCAAGGUUAAGUGGGAGAAGCCAGCAGACAACGGAGGUACCGAUGUGACUGGUUAUGUAUUGGAAAAGAUGGACUUGGAAACUGGAAGAUGGAUACCAGCCGGAGAAGUUGGUCCAGACAAGGAUACGUUUACGUUCCAGGGUCUGACCCCAAAGAAGAAGUACAAGUUCAGGGUAAAAGCUGUUAACAAAGAGGGAGAGUCCGAGCCAUUGGAAACGGACGAAGCUAUCGUCGCGAAGAAUCCCUACGACGAGCCUGGCAGUCCUGGUAAACCGGAGAUCAUUGACUACGACAACGUCAGCGUUACCCUCAAGUGGGCAAAGCCCGAGAAUGACGGUGGUCGACCAAUCAGUCACUACACCGUUGAGAUGAAGGACAAGUUCGCUCUAGAUUGGUCGGAGGUUCUAAAAACCUCAGAUGCCAACCCCGAGGCGAAGGUCGAGGGGCUCAAGGAGAAAAUGAUCUACCAGUUCCGUGUUCGUGCUCACAACAAGGCUGGGUCUUCAAAACCGAGCGAACCGACCGACAAUCACCUUUGCAAGCAUAAGAACCUGAAACCACGCAUCGAUCGUACAAAUUUGAAGUCGGUGAUCAUAAAGGCGGGAAGGUCGCACAAAUGGUCGGUCGACGUUAUUGGCGAACCUCCUCCAAAAACAACAUGGAUUUGGCGGGAUGAUAUACCUUUGACAAAUACGGAGCGUAUAAAGAUAGACAACGUUGAUUAUCACACGGAUUUCAGUAUAAUAAAUGCAGUGAGGAAAGACACUGGUAAAUACACCAUCAUAGCCGAGAACGUCAACGGAAAGGACCAGGAGACAGUUGAGCUGACAGUGCUCUCCAAACCAAGCCCGCCAAAGGGUCCACUGGUCGUUUCGGACGUGACAAACACGACGGCGAAGCUCAAGUGGGAAAAACCGGAGGAUGAUGGAGGCUCGCCGAUAAAAGAAUACGAGGUCGAAAAGAUGGACACCAAAACUGGGAAAUGGAUACGAGUUGGCAAAGUUCCCGGAAAUGCGACAAGCCCUGAGCUCGACGUGACGGGACUGAAUCCCGGCAGUGAAUACAAGUUCAGAGUAACCGCCGUCAACGACGAGGGUGACUCCGAGCCUCUGGUAACAGAGAAGGGAACAAUCGCCAAGAAUCCAUUCGACGAGCCAUUGAAGCCCGGAACACCGGAAGUCACCGACUAUGACAACGAGUCGGUGUCUUUGAAGUGGACCGCCCCAAAAUCGGACGGCGGUGCGCCGAUCGAGAAGUAUAUAAUCGAAAAGAAAGACAGGUACAAGCCGGACUGGGAAAAGGCCAUCGAAGUACCCGGUACUGAGCUUUCGGGAAAAGUACCGGACCUCAAGGAACUUGGGGAAUAUCAGUUCAGAGUCAUUGCUGUGAACAAGGCCGGACUUUCCCCGCCCUCGGACGCUUCAAAGACGCAGAUUUGCAGAUACAAGGCUUUGAAACCGAGAAUUGACCGCACAAACUUAAAGCCAAUAAUUGUUCGGGCUGGUAAAAUGAUAAAAUACGACGUUGACGUGCGAGGCGAACCACCACCAGAGAUAACUUGGUUCCACGUCAAGACCGAAGUAAAGUCGGGAGGAAACGUUCAGAUCGUGAACGUAGACUAUAACACCAAAAUAACCAUCACUGAUUCCGUGAGAAAGAAUACCGGUGUCUACAAAAUCCUCGCUGUCAAUGCUCAUGGCCAGGAUGAGGCCGAAGUUGAAGUCACCAUUUUGUCCGCUCCAGGAAAACCGAAGGGACCACUUAAGGUGUCCGACGUAACGAAGAACGGCUGCAAACUCAAGUGGGAUAAGCCAGAUGAUGACGGCGGUAAACCGAUCAAAGAAUACUUGGUUGAGAAGCUCGACAAGUCGACCGGUCGUUGGGUACCGGUAGGUCGCACUUCAGAGCCUGAACUGGAAGUAAAGGGCCUGCAAGAUGGCCACGAAUACGAAUUCCGUGUUAAGGCUUUGAAUGAAGAGGGAGAAUCUGAACCGCUACAGACGGACGGUUCGAUAAUUGCGAAAAAUCCAUACGACGUUUCCGGAAAGCCGGGUACACCCGAAAUUGAAGAUUGGGACGUUGACCGAGUUGACCUCAAAUGGGAGCCUCCAAAGAACACCGGUGGAGCACCGAUAACUGGGUACAUAAUUGAGAAAAAGGAGAAGUUGAAGAGUCACUGGGAGGAAGCUGUGGUGACGAACACACCGGAGACGAAAGUGCGGGUUCCAGAUUUGAAGGAAGGAUCAACUUACCAGUUCCGAGUUCGCGCCGUUAACAAAGCUGGACCGUCGGAGCCCAGUGAUCCGACAAAACCGCACGUGGCGAAGGCUAGAUACCUUAAGCCACAUAUCAACCGCGAGAAGUUGCACAACAUCAAAGUGCGAGCGGGUCAGAUAGUGAAAAUCGAGACCGACGUAAAGGGAGAACCUCCACCAACAAUCACAUGGAGCUUCAAGAACAAGGUCCUCGAAACAAGUGCGAACGUGAAAGUCGACAACGAGGACUACAACACAAAGAUUCAGCUCUCGAACACGAGCCGCAAGGCGACUGGCAAGUACAUUGUCAAGGCCGUUAACGACUCUGGAACUGACGAGGCGGAGGUCGAGGUUACCAUCCUGGACAAGCCCGAAAAACCGGAAGGUCCGUUGGAAGUUACCGACGUUCACAAGGAGGGAUGUAAACUCAAGUGGAAAAAACCGAAGGAUGAUGGUGGCCUUCCUCUGACCGGAUAUAUCGUCGAGAAGAUGGAUGUCACCAGUGGACGCUGGGUACCAGUUGGAGUCAUUGACCCCGAUAAGCCGGAGCACACAAUAACCGGACUUGAACCCGGCAAGAAGUAUGAGUUCCGCGUAAAGGCCGUCAACGAGGAGGGCGAGUCCGAACCUCUUCAAACGGAUGCCGCUAUUCUGGCCAAAAAUCCAUACGAUGCUCCAUCGGCACCGGGUCUUCCGGAGAUCAUCGACUGGUCUGAGAACAUGGUGAAACUGAAGUGGGAACCACCAAUAAGAGACGGAGGCGCACCGAUUACCGGUUACGUGAUUGAAGUCAAGGAUAAAUUUGGAACUGCCUACGUCAAGGCUGCCGAAGUCCAGGGACCCGUCUGCACGGGUACUGUUCCUAAACUUGUGGAAGGAAAUCAAUACCAGUUCCGUGUACGAGCUGUAAACAAAGCUGGACCAGGAGAACCCAGCGAAGCGACGAACCCACACACGGCUAAGCCUCGUUGGCUGAAGCCGCACAUCGACCGAACGAACCUUCAACCGGUCACCGUGAAGGCUGGUCUCACCGUCUCUCUGGACAUCAAUAUAAUCGGUGAACCUGCUCCGACUGUUACCUGGUACUUCAAAGACCAGGAAAUUACGACGGCCGAUCAACUCCGCAUCGAUAAUAUCGACUACAACACCAAGUUCUGUAUAUUGCGAGCAAAUCGGUCAAUGACCGGAAAAUAUGUGAUCAAAGCGAAGAACGAGGUCGGCGAAGACACAGCCGAAGUUGAGAUCACGGUUCUCGGCAAACCCUCGAAACCAGAGGGUCCACUCGAAGUGUCGGACAUCACAAAGCACGGCUGCAAGCUCAAGUGGAAGAAGCCAGAAGAUGACGGAGGCACUCCGGUCGAAUACUACGAGAUUGAGAAGCUGGACCCAUUGACCGGUCAGUGGAUACCAUGCGGUAGAUCGACUGAACCUGAGGCGAAUGUGACGGGUCUUCAAGAAGGAAAACCGUACAAGUUCAGAGUUAAGGCGGUGAACAAGGAAGGGGAGUCCGAAGAGCUGGAGACCCUAAGACCAAUCAUCGCCAAAAAUCCGUUCGACGAACCCGGCAAACCUGGUCGCCCAGAGCUCAAGAACUGGGACAAAGACUUCGUUGACCUUGCCUGGUCUCCUCCGUCUGAUGACGGUGGAGCACCGAUCGAAAAAUACAUCGUACAAAUGCGCGAUAAGGAAGGCAGGCAGUGGGUUGAUGCUGCAACUGUUCCUGGAGAUCGCCCGGCGGCUAAAGUCACCAAUGGAAUUCAGGAAGGACACGAGUACGAGUUCCGUGUCGUUGCCGUCAACAAAGCCGGACCUGGUGAACCCAGUGACACUUCAAAGAGCGUUGUCGCUAAACCAAGAUUCUUGGCUCCGCGUAUCGAUCGCAAGAAUCUGCAAAAGAAGACCAUGCGAGUUGGACAACUACUGCGUAUUGAAGCUGACAUUCAGGGUGAACCCGCGCCAGUCGUUACCUGGAAGCUCAAGGACAUUGUGCUGAAGAGCUUGGAUCGUUUGAAGAUUGAAAACGAGGAUUACCACACCACAUUCAUCUUGAACAAAGUGAAACGUUCUGACACUGGAACUUACACCGUAAUUGCUAAGAACGACAGUGGCACAGACCAAGUUGAUGUCGAAAUUGAGGUAUUGAGCAAGCCAGGAAAGCCCAAGGGCCCACUGAACGUUUCUGACGUAACAGCGCAGGGUUGUAAAUUGAAAUGGGACAAGCCCGAAGAUGACGGUGGAGAGCCGGUUGAUCACUACGUCAUCGAACGUAUGGACACCGAAUCAGGUCGCUGGGUGCCAUGUGGAACGAGCAAAACUCCGGAGGCAGAGGUGACAGGGCUCAAUGAAGGAAAGGACUACCAAUUCCGGGUUAAGGCCGUUAACGCUGAGGGAGAAUCUGAGCCUCUCGAAACGACGAUCCCAACCACCGCCAAAAAUCCAUACUCCGAACCCGACGCGCCUGGAAAGCCAGAGCUCAAAGACUGGGACAAGAAUCACGUGGAUCUCAAGUGGAAGGCGCCAAAGAAUGACGGUGGAGCUCCAAUCGAGAAGUACAUAAUCGAGAAGAAGGACCAGUAUGGAAAAUGGCAAAAGGCCGCUGAAGUACCCGGCAACAAGACGGAGGGUAAAGUAGGAGAUCUGGUUGAGGGUCAAAAAUACCAGUUCCGAGUCAAGGCUGUUAACAAGGGAGGUCAGAGCAAGCCUAGCGAGCCCAGUGAGACCCUGACAGCAAAGGACCGUUAUGCGGCUCCAAAGAUCGACCGCAGCACGCUGAAGGACCUGACAAUAAAGGCUGGUAACCACGUGAAGCUCGACGUUAAAGUCAGUGGUGAACCACCACCAACGAAGACCUGGUACUUAAAGAAGGUCAAGCUGCAAGACGGUGACAACGGAGUGAGCAUCGAGGUCGAAGACUACAAGACGAGGUUCGUUAUCGGAUCAGCAACCAGAUCUCAUUGCGGAACGCUCACUCUGAAGGCGGAGAACAGUUCCGGAAAGGACGAGGCAUGGAUCGAAAUAACGGUCCUUGAUAAGCCCAGCAAACCAGAGGGACCGCUCAAGGUUUCUGAUGUACACAAGGAGGGAUGUAGUCUUAAGUGGAACGAGCCCAAAGAUGACGGCGGAUCGCCCAUCGAGCAUUAUGUCGUUGAGAAAAUGGACACCGACACCGGCCGCUGGAUACCCGUCGGUAGGACCAAAGAGCCAAAAAUGGACGUCGAGAAUUUGGUGCCUGGAAAAGAGUACAAAUUCCGCGUCGCUGCUGUAAACGCUGAGGGAGAAUCCGAGCCGCUUGAAACCGAGCACGGAAUUAUUGCUAAGAAUCCGUUCGACGAACCCGGAGCGCCUGGACGCCCCGAGGUAACAGACUGGGACAGGGAUCAUGUAGACCUGAGAUGGACUCCGCCAACGAAAGAUGGCGGAUCUCCAGUCACCGGUUACUUGAUCGAGAAGCGAGAAAAGGGAAGCGGCCGCUGGUUGAAGGCCGGUGAAGUACACGGGCCCGAGUGCAAAGGACGAGCCGACAACCUCGAUGAGGGUGUAGAAUACGAAUUCCGAGUAAAAGCCAUCAACGCCGCUGGACCCGGUGAACCUUCAGACGCCAGCAAAUCGAUAGUCACGAAGCCUAGAAGAUUGGCUCCGAAGAUCGACAGACGCACUUUGCGUGACUUGACUGUGCGCGAAGGCGAGCCGUUCUACUUCGACGUUAAAAUCACCGGAGAACCAGCGCCUGAGAUUGAGUGGGUACUCAACAGUAAGAGCAUACAAAUAACCACCUACCGCAGAAUCGAGGAUAUUCCCUACAACUCCAAGUUCUUCAACGACAAACCCGAACGCAAGGACACUGGAGUGUACAAAAUCACCGCUGUUAAUCCAUACGGCUCUGACAGCGCUGAGGUCGAAGUAACUGUUGUCUCGAAACCAAGCAAACCGGAAGGACCCUUGGACGUGUCUGAUGUGCACAAAGACGGUUGUACGUUGAAGUGGAAGAAACCGAAAGAUGAUGGUGGAGAACCACUUGAGGGAUAUCUGGUCGAGAAGUUUGAUCCUGACACAGGAAUAUGGCUGCCAGUAGCCAAAACAGUGAAUCCCGAGCUCAAGGUAGACGGACUGAUUCCAGGACACGAGUACAAGUUCCGCGUCAAGGCUCUUAACAAAGAGGGAGAGUCGGAGCCGCUCGAAACCCUCGGAUCCAUUAUCGCCAAGGAUCCGUUCACCGUGCCAGGAGCGCCUGGUGCUCCAGAGCCUGUUGACUGGACCGCGAAUCAAGUUGAUCUUGAAUGGAAGGAGCCAGUAACAGAUGGAGGAUCUCCGAUCACAGGAUAUAUAAUCGAAAAGAAGGAUAAGUACAGUACCAUGUGGGAAAAGGCUCUGGAGACGAGCAGUGCACAUCCCGCAGCUCAAGUCCACGGUUUGAUCGAAGGAAACGACUAUCAAUUCCGCGUUAUAGCAGUGAACAAAGCUGGACAAUCACUACCCGGUGAAGCCAGCAAAACAUUCACCGCCAAGCCUCGUUACCUGGCUCCAAAGAUCGACAGGCGCAAUUUGCGCGAUGUAACUCUUUCCGCCGGAGCUUCCCUGAAGUUCGAUGCCAACGUGAUCGGUGAACCUCCACCACACAUCGAGUGGCGUCACGGUGCUAUCCCGUUGUACAGUGGAAAGAGCGUCACUGUAGACAACGCGGACUACAACACUAAACUGACAAUCCGACCUGUGAAGCGUGGAGAUACUGGGGAAUACACAGUAACAGCAAGCAACAACUCGGGAAGGGACAGUGUGACCAUAAAUGUUGUAGUCACCGACAAACCAACGCCACCAGAAGGUCCUCUUCAAGUUUCCGACGUCCACAAGGAGGGAUGCAAACUCAAGUGGAAACGCCCAGAGGAUGAUGGAGGCACCCCCAUCGAGUAUUACCAAGUCGAUAAAAUGGACCCUGAAAGUGGUUGCUGGGUUCCAUGUGGACGCUCCACUGAGCCUGGAUUUGAAGUAACAGGCUUGACUCCUGGAAAAGAGUACUUGUUCCGCGUUGCCGCAGUAAAUGCUGAGGGCGAAUCGGAGCCGCUGGUAACCGAGCACGCGACCCUCGCUAAGAAUCCAUUCGACGAGCCUGGAAAGCCCGGAAACCUGAAGGCGACAGACUGGGACAAGGAUCACGUCGAUCUGAAGUGGAACCCGCCAAUAGACGACGGAGGAUCACCGAUAACGGGCUACAUAGUGGAGAAGAAGGACAAGUAUGGCGAGUGGGAAAAAGCCCUGGAGGUGCCCGCUGACCAGACCAAGGCAACGGUGCCAGACCUGAUCGAGGGUCAGCCGUACGAGUUCCGCGUUCGUGCGGUGAACAAAGCCGGACCCGGUGAGCCGUCGGAUGCAACACCGACGAUAAUUGCCAAGCCACGCAACCUGGCGCCGAAGAUCGACCGGACAUACCUGAUUGACAUCAGAAUAAAGGCAGGACAGAAUUUCUCGUUCGAUGCAAAGGUAACAGGAGAACCGAUGCCGACCACAAGAUGGAUACUUCAUGGAAAGGACGUCAGGACUUCGGAUCGUGUGAAGGUAAAGAACGUUGACUACGGAACAUCUCUUAACGUCCGAAUGGCGACGAGGGAAGAAUCCGGAAAGUACACCGUUACUGCGGAGAAUAUAAACGGAAAGGAUAUCGCCUACGUCGAGGUUACCGUCCUUGACAAACCAAGCCCACCCGAGGGACCUCUUAAAGUAUCCAAUGUUCAUGCCGAGGGUUGUAAACUGUCGUGGAAGGAACCACAGGACGAUGGAGGACAGCCGAUCGAAAAAUACGUUAUUGAAAAAAUGGAUGAAGCUUCUGGACGAUGGGUACCAGCCGGUGAAACCGAGGGACCACAGACCUCACUUGAAAUCGACGGCCUCACUCCUGGACACAAGUACAAGUUCAGGGUACGCGCUGUUAACAAGCAAGGGAAAUCCGAACCGCUCACCGCGUCGCAGAGUAUCGAAGCUAAGAAUCCAUUCGAUGAGCCAGGCAAGCCCGGAACACCGACGAUUCGUGACUACGAUAAGGACUUUGUUGAACUGCAAUGGGAUCGUCCUGAAGAAGACGGUGGAUCUCCCAUAACUGGAUACGUUAUUGAAAAACGUGACAAGUUCAGCCCGAACUGGGAGAAGUGCGGAGAAGUAGACGGAGACGUGAACCGCGGUAGAGUAAACGAUCUAAUUGAAGGUACAGCCUACGAAUUCCGUAUCAGAGCCGUGAACAAAGCUGGGCCUGGCGAACCGUCAGAUGCGACAAAACCACACAUCGCGCGGCCAAAGAACCUGCCGCCAAAGAUCGACAGGACCUUCUUGCUGGAUAUCAAAGUCCGAGCUGGAGGUCUGUUCGACUUCGAUGUGCCAGUAAUCGGUGAACCCCCACCAUCCAAGGAAUGGACACUCAGGGGAGACGACGUAAACAGCAACCCCCGCGUCAAGAUUGUGAACGAGGAUUACAACACAAAGCUGCGUUUGAUAGAUGCGAAACGGUCCGAUUCAGGGGUUUACACACUGACCGCACGUAACAUAAAUGGAAAGGACUCUGCCACAGUAAACGUGACGGUCCUGGACAUACCACUGCCACCGGAAGGACCUUUGAAGGCCGAAAACAUUACCAAACAUGGCUGCGACCUUGCGUGGAGACCGCCGAAGGACGACGGUGGGUCCGAGAUCCUUUACUACGCGGUUGAGAAAAUGGACACAGAUUCGAUGCGAUGGGUCCCAGUCGGGGAAGCACCAUCGACGAGAAUCAGGGCCGACCAUUUGAUCGAAGGCCACGAUUACACCUUCCGCGUACGCGCGGUAAACAAACAGGGUGAAUCCAUACCUCUAACCGGGCAGGAAGCAAUUACAGCCAAAGAUCCGUUUGGAAAACCAGACAAGCCCGGAAUCCCCGUGGCCACGGACUGGGACAAAGAUCACGUGGAUCUGGAGUGGCCGGCGCCGAAGAGAGACGGAGGUUCUCCUAUAACGAGUUACAUUAUCGAGAAGCGCCCGAAGUUCGGUCAGUGGGAAAAGGCCAUUGAAAUACCCGGGAACAAGACCAAUGGCACCGUUCCUGACCUUACCGAAGGCCAGGAGUAUGAGUUCCGAGUGAUCGCUGUUAACAAAGGUGGCCAGAGUGAACCAUCUGAGGCCUCGCUGCCGAUCGUAGCUAAACCCCGCUUCUACGCGCCAACGUUCGACAAGCAUUUGCUAACGGACCUCGUUGUCAAGGCAGGACAUAAGAUCUUGUACGACAUACCGAUCGACGCAUCGCCCAAGCCCACCGCGAAGUGGACCAUCAAUGGUAAGCCGGUCGAGGCUGAUGCUCGGCACGAUAUUUACACCACCAACACUACCACCACCUUUGAAAUACCGUUCGCCGUUCGUUCGGACACUGGGCGCUACACUCUGACGCUGGAAAACGAUUCUGGAAGCUGCAGCGCCAGCGCUACUGUAACCGUUCUUGAUAGACCAGCUCCGCCUGAAUCGCCGUUCGUCGUUGAUGGUAUUACAAAGGAAAGCUGUCAUCUCGCGUGGAGAGCUCCUCGCGACGAUGGAGGAAGCCCCAUUCUCCAUUAUGUUAUCGAAAAGAUGGACAUGACUCGCGGCACUUGGUCCGAUGCUGGAAUGAGUACGACCUUGAACCACGAGGUUGUAAGACUCGUUCACAAGAAGGAAUAUCUCUUCAGGGUUAGGGCCGUUAAUAGUAUCGGAGAGUCCGACCCGCUCGAGACACCGAAGAGCAUCAUUGCUAAGAACGAGUUCGAUGAACCCGACGCGCCUGGCAAACCACAGGUUACGGACUGGGACAAGGAUCACGUGGACCUGAAAUGGCCAGCACCGAAGAACGACGGCGGGUCGCCAAUAACGGGCUAUAUAAUACAGAAGAAGGAGAAGGGAAGCCCGUACUGGAUAAACGCAGUUCAUGUACCGCAGAACCAGACCGAAGCAACGGUACCCGAUCUGGCCGAAGGCCAGGAGUACGAGUUUAGGGUGAUAGCCGUCAACUCGGCUGGUCAUUCAGAGCCGUCAGAACCAAGUGAUGCGGUAACAGCGAAGGCGAGAUACCUGGCGCCGAAGAUUAAGACGCCACUGCAAGACAUCCGCAUCAAGGCCGGACUCAUUUUCCACAUCGACAUCGAUUUUGUUGGUGAACCGGCACCUGAGGUGGAAUGGACAGCCGCUGGUAAACCUUUAAUGACCACUGACCGUACAACCGUUACAUCGAUCGGGUAUCACACCAUCGUUCAUACCGUGAAUGCGAAGCGCACCGACUCGGGGUUGUACCAUCUUCUGCUCAAGAAUAGCAGCGGCAUCGACGAAGGCAGCUUCCAGCUGAUUGUUUUGGACAGACCGGGACCGCCUGAGGGACCUUUGAUCUACGAGGAGAUCACGAACCAGUCGGUUACGCUGUCUUGGAAGCCUCCUAAGGACAAUGGUGGCAGUGAGAUUACUGGUUACGUUAUAGAGAAGCGUGACCUCACUCACGGCGGUGGAUGGGUGCCUGCUGUGACCUACGUUAAUCCCAGAAACACCCAUGCCACUGUUCCACGUCUACUGGAAGGAACAAAGUACGAGUUCCGCGUCUGCGCUGAAAAUCUUCAAGGACGCAGCGAACCUCUGACCACCGAUCGUGGAGUCGUUGCCAAAAACCAAUUCGUUGUUCCUGGACAACCUGGAAAACCAGAGUGCAUCGAUGCCGACAAAGACCAUAUCAAAAUCAAAUGGACAUCACCCAUCAGCAACGGAGGGUCACCCAUUAUUGGAUACGAUGUUGAGCGCCGUGAUCGUGCUACCGGAAGGUGGAUAAAGGUCAACAAGGAACCGGUGAAGGGCACCGAGUACCUCGACGAACACGUGACCGAGGGACACCAGUACGAGUACAGGGUUUCAGCAGUGAAUGCCGCCGGAGCUGGAAAGCCCAGUGAGGCCUCAUCUGUAAUCACUGCUAGACCGAUGAAAGAAAAGCCCAAGCUUCACCUGGAUGGCCUACUCGGACGCAAGAUCAAGGUCCGAGCUGGUGAACCGAUAAAUGUGAAUAUACCAUUGUCGGGAGUGCCAACACCUACGAUAACCUGGACAAAGAAUGGAGCCAGGCUACCGGACAACUUCCGAAUCACGACGGAAACGAAGAGCGACCAUACGGUCCUUCUCGUCGAAAAAUCGGUUCGUGAUGACGCUGGAAAGUACACAAUUACGGCAGAGAAUGAACACGGCAAAGACUCUGCAGACAUUGAGGUAAUCGUUGUCGACAAGCCCGGAAUACCAAAGGGCCCCCUUCAGUAUACCGCGACGACACACGACACGGUUUCGUUGUCCUGGGCUCCACCCGAGGACAAUGGUGGCUCAGAGAUCACAGGCUACAUUGUCGAGAUCGCCGACUUUGGAUCAGAGAACUGGCGCCAAGUACCUGGCUACUGCACUCACACUAGCUUUACUGCUAAAGGUUUGAGUGAAGGAAAACGGUACGUGUUUAGGGUACGCGCUGAGAACUUGUAUGGAGUAUCUGAGCCUCUCGACGGAAAACCGGUUGUCGCAAAGAGCCCCUUCGAUCCUCCAGAUGCGCCAAGCCAGCCCGAAGUCACCGGCUACACUCCCAAUACCUGCAGCUUGGUUUGGGAGCCGCCGACCAAUACCGGCGGUAAGCCGAUAACCGGAUACUACGUUGAGAAACGGGAACGUGGCGGAGAAUGGCUCAAGGUGAACAACUACCCAACACCAAAUGCGUCAUUCACCGUUCAAGACCUCCGCGAAGGAGGAAGGUAUGAGUUCAGGGUUAUGGCUGUGAACGAGGCUGGUCCUGGGAAACCAAGCAAACCGACCGAGCCCAUCACUGCGGGACAUCAACGUAGACGUCCCGAUGCUCCCGAGCCUCCAAAACCAGAUCGCAUUACGAAGGACUCUGUUACUCUGUCCUGGAGACCACCAAGGAGCGACGGAGGUGCUAAGAUCCGAGGUUAUGUGGUGCAGAAGAAGGCCAAGGGUGACGACGAAUGGACAGAUGUUAACGGGGUACCAGUACCUGCGACUGUUUUCACCGUGCCCAAGCUGACCGAAGGUGAAGAAUACCAGUUCAGAAUCGUUGCAGUCAACGAUGUUGGAUUCAGUGAACCAAGCAGACCAAGUAACAAUAUCCUCAUGGAGGAACAGCCGAACAAGCCCGUCAUGGACUUGGGUGGAGUCAGAGAUAUCACAGUUCGUGCGGGAGAGGACUUUUCUAUACAUGUGCCUUACAUUGGAUUCCCGAAACCAACUGCCACAUGGUUUGCUAAUGAUACUAUCAAGGACGAGUCAGAUUCUCGCGUUCAUCAGCAAUUGGCAGACGAUUACGCCAGCUUUGUGGUCAAGAACUCGAAACGGUCUGACACCGGUCAGUACAGGCUGCAGCUCCGUAAUCCAUCCGGCUUUGACACAGCAACUAUCAAUGUCAAAGUCCUCGACAGACCUUCACCACCGUGGAACCUACGCGCCGAUGAAUUUGCUGGUGAUGCCCUUACCCUUUACUGGAAUCCACCCAAGGAUAAUGGCGGUGCUGAUAUAACGAAUUACGUUAUUGAGAAACGUGAACCGCGCUCUCCAACUUGGUCGAAGGUCAGCAGUUAUGUUACAACGCCUUUCGUUCGCAUAAGGAACCUCACCGUUGGACAGGAGUACGAGUUCCGUGUUAUGGCUGAGAACCAAUACGGAACAUCAGAUCCGGCCAUUACCAUUGAUCCCAUCCGUGCAAGACAUCCGUUCGAUCCUCCUGCAGCACCCGGUACACCGCAGGGUGUUGAUACCACCGAGGACAGCAUUACCAUCUCAUGGACUAAGCCACGGCACGAUGGAGGAUCACCCAUCACUGGCUAUGUCAUUGAAAGACGCCUCAUUGGUGAGGACAAAUGGGUCAAGGCGACCCAGGCCCAUGUACCAGACACAACAUACAGAGUUGGAGGUCUCAUUGAAAAUCAUGACUAUGAAUUCCGCGUUGCGGCUUGGAAUGCCGCCGGUCAAGGACCAUGGAGCUCAGGUUCUGACGCGAUUAGAGCCAGCGCACCAUCGUCGGCUCCUAAGAUAACCAGCGACCUCAGUAUCCGGGAUAUGACAGUAAUCGCAGGUGAACCGUUCACCAUCACGGUGCCCUAUAUUGCGCACCCGAAACCAAGACCUAGCUGGACCAUCAACGGAGAGGAAGUGCUCACUGGUGACAGAAUUAAAUUCGAUACCACUGAAGUUGCUUCACAGUACAUAAACAAGAAGGCUAAGAGAAGCGACACGGGUAAUUACACCAUUCAUCUCACAAAUACGGUCGGUACAGACUCGGCAUCCUGCAAAGUACUUGUUGUCGACAAACCGUCGCCGCCACUAGGACCUCUUGACGUAUCCGACAUCACGCCAGAGAAUUGCACACUCUCUUGGAGACCACCAACUGACGAUGGUGGAUCGCCGAUUACUAACUACAUCGUGGAAAAAUUGGACCCAUCAGGUAUUUGGGCUAGAGUUAGCAGUUUUGUACGUAACACUCAUUACGACGUGAUUGGACUCGAACCGAACAAGAAAUACAGCUUCAGAAUCCGUGCCGAAAAUCAGUACGGCGUAUCUGAACCGCUUGAGGCGGAUGAGCCUAUUAUGGCCAAGUUCCCCUUCACCGUACCCGAUCCUCCGGGUAAACCCAGGGUCAGCGAUUGGGACACAACUCAAGUAAGCCUUAACUGGGAUCGACCCAGAACAGACGGUGGCUCUCGCAUUCAGGGCUACAAGAUCGAAUUCCGUGACCUGGCCGAUGACGUACAAUGGCGAGUGGCGAAUGACUAUCUUUGCAAGGACACUGCCUUCAUCUGCUACAAUCUUCUGAGCGGUCAGGAAUACGAGUUCCGCGUACGUGCAAAGAAUGCUGCUGGAUGGAGCAAACCCAGUCUACCAUCAUCGCCAUUCAAAUUGAAGAGCAAAUUCAACGUACCGUAUGCGCCAGGAACACCUCAAGUUGUCAAGGUAGGAAAGAACUACGUGGAUCUCAAAUGGGAGCCACCAGUAUCCGACGGCGGAAGCCGAAUCACUGGAUACAUUGUCGAAAAGCGAGAAGUUGGCAGUGCUCAGUGGGCGAAAUGCAACGACUACAAUGUUAUGGACACAGAGUACACUGUGCUACACCUAAUCGAGCGCGGAGACUACGAGUUCCGCGUUUUCGCGGUAAACGCAGCAGGAAAAUCGGAGCCCAGCUCAUGCACGAUGCCGGUGAAGGUAUGCGAAGUCGAGGGUGGAGAGAAACCCGAGUUUGUACGUCCUCUUGUCACCCAAGGUGUACCACUUGGUAAAACUCACGUGUUCGAGUGCGAGGCAACAGGAAAACCGUUGCCAUCUGCCAGGUGGCUGAAGAACGGUCGCGAAAUCAGUCUGGGAGGAAGAUUCAAAACUGAGGUUAUCGGUGGUAUUUUCAGACUCGUUAUAUCCGAGGUCUGGGAAGCCGAUGAUGGUGACUACAGUUGCCAGGCGUCGAACCCGCUUGGACUUACCACGACGACCGCCCGGCUGAAGAUUGGAACACCACCAAAGAUCGAGCGCAUGCCGGGUGACCUUUACCUACCAGAAGGCGACAACACCAAGAUUAAGAUCCAUUACAGCGGAGAUCAGCCCAUGGAAGUUUCACUCACUAAAGACGGACAAAAGAUCCCUGAAUCCACGCACAUCAAGUACACAGUUUUCGACGAGUAUCUUAUCAUAUUCAUCAAGGAUGUCGUCAAGGAUGACGGAGGCGUUUACAACCUCACAAUCAAAAACGAUAGCGGAAGCGUUAGUGCUUCGUUCACUGUUUACAUUACUGGACUUCCAGGACCACCUAUUGGACCUCUCGAUGUGUCCGACAUUAGCAAGCACACGUGCACGCUGAGCUGGCACCCACCGAAGUACGAUGGUGGCCUUCGCAUCACUCACUACGUCGUUGAGCGUCGUGAUAUCAGUCACACCCAUUGGAUAAUCGUCUCGUCAUUCUGCAAGGAAACUACCUUCACUGUUCAAGGUCUAACCGAGGGCCAGGAGUACCUGUUCCGUGUGAUGGCUGUGAACGAUAACGGCAUGGGACCACCACUUGAGGGAACUAAUCCCGUCAAGGCAAAAGCACCUUUCGAUCCACCAUCGGCACCUGGAAAACCAAAAGUCAUCGAAAUCGGUGGUGACUUUGUUAAUCUCUCUUGGGACAAACCUGAGAGCGAUGGUGGUGCUCGCAUUCAGGGCUACUGGAUAGAUAAGCGCGAGGUUGGUGGGCUGGCAUGGCAGCGCGUGAACGUCUCCAUCAGCCUGACGAACCAAGUGAACAUUACGAACCUCAUCGAAGGUCGUCAAUACGAAUUCAGGGUCUUCGCGCAGAACGAGGCUGGCCUCAGCCCCGAAUCCAGCGCGUCGACGUCCGUCAAGAUCAAGGACCCACAGGAAGCCACACCGCCCGAAAUUGUCAAGCCUCUCAGAAACACGAACUGUGUGCAGAACCAUAACGCCCAUUUCCAGUGCACCAUUACAGGUUCCCCAAAACCAACCAUCACAUGGUUCAAGGGCGCGCGUGAGAUAGUAAACGGAUGUCGCUACCGCAUCUACACCGAGGGUGACGUCUGCAACCUGGUGAUCAACGACGUCUUUGGUGAAGAUGCCGACGAGUACAUUUGCCGCGCAUCUAACAAGGGUGGAAUCAAAUCCACGAAGGGAGAACUCUUCAUCAUGACACCUCCAAAGCUCAAUGUACCACCGAGAUUCAGAGAUACCGCCUUCUUCGACAAGGGUGAGAACGUCGUAAUCAAAAUUCCGUUCACCGGGUACCCCAAGCCCAAAAUCACAUGGGUAAGAGAGGGAGAGACGAUCGAAGCUGGAGGCCAUUACGCGGUCGAGGUCAAGGAGAGACACGCCGUUUUAACUAUCAGGGAUGGCAGCAAGAUUGACUCUGGGCCGUACCGUAUCACGGCAGAAAAUGACCUGGGUCAGGACUCAGCUAUAAUAAAGAUACAGAUCAGCGAUCGUCCGGAUCCUCCGCGUUUCCCUCAGGUAGAAAACAUCGGUCACGACUCUCUUGCCCUAACUUGGAAACCCCCAGUGUGGGACGGUGGCAGCAACAUCACAAACUACCUUGUCGAAAAGCGCGAACAUCCAAUGACGAGCUGGAUACGCGUUGGAAACACAAGAUUCUGCUCGAUGGCCGUCACCAAUUUGAGUCCUGGUCAUCAGUACGAGUUCCGCAUUUCGGCAGAGAACGUCUACGGCCGAAGCGAUCCAAGCGAUGUUACGGGCUUGAUAACAACCAAGGAUUCCGUAAAGAAACAGUUCAAGAAGAAAGAGUACGAGGUGGAUGAAACAGGAAAGAAGAUCCGAGGCCGCAACGACGAGAAGGUCACAGACUACGACCAGUACGUCUUUGACAUAUACAGCAAGUACGUGCCGCAGCCAGUGGAAAUAAAGAACACCUCCGUUUACGACAAGUACGAUAUACUCGAGGAAAUUGGAACUGGCGCUUUCGGCGUUGUUCAUCGCUGUCGUGAGAGAGCCACUGGCAACAUAUUUGCUGCCAAGUUUAUCCCGGUUUCACACAUUAUGGAGAAGGAACUGAUCAGGAAAGAAAUCGACAUCAUGAACCAACUUCAUCAUCCCAAAUUGAUCAAUCUCCACGAUGCCUUUGAAGACGAUGACGAGAUGGUCCUAAUAUUCGAAUUCUUGUCUGGUGGUGAACUCUUCGAGAGAAUCACCUCCGAAGGUUACUCCAUGUCAGAGGCUGAGGUCAUUAACUACAUGCGCCAAAUCUGUGAGGCUGUUAAACACAUGCACGAGAAGAACAUAAUUCAUCUUGAUAUCAAACCAGAAAACAUCAUGUGCCAGACACGAAACAGCACGAACGUUAAGCUGAUCGACUUUGGCCUGGCCACCAGAUUGGAUCCUAACGAAGUGGUCAAGAUCAGUACAGGCACGGCAGAGUUUGCUGCUCCAGAGAUAGUCGAACGCGAACCUGUCGGAUUCUACACAGACAUGUGGGCCUGUGGUGUCCUCGCGUACGUUCUAUUGAGCGGUUUGUCACCAUUCGCUGGUGACAACGACAUCGAGACUUUGAAGAACGUCAAGGCUUGUGAUUGGGACUUUGACGAGGAAGCCUUCCGGGACGUAUCCGAAGAAGGCAGAGACUUUAUCAAGAGACUGCUUAUUAAGAACAAAGAAAAACGUAUGAACGCUCACGAGUGUCUUCUACAUCCUUGGCUCACCGGGGACCACAGCAACCGCACAACACCAAUUGCAAGCAGCCGCUACGUCAGUUUCAGGGACAAGCUUCGCGCCAAGUACGACAACUGGGAGAAAUACGUUCUCCCGAUCGGUCGUCUUGCGGAAUACUCUGCUCUCAGAAAACUCCUCAUUGAGAAGUACAAAAUAUACGACACAUCAUUCGAUCGCAGACAAGCGGCGCCUAGAUUUGUCAUCAGACCACAAAGCGCGUUUGCAUACGAGGGGCAGAGCGUGAAAUUCUAUUGCCGUGUAAUCGGAGUAGCAACACCAACGCUGACCUGGUCUCACAACAACCAGGAGCUCCGGCAAUCGGUGAAAUUCAUGAAACGUUACACUGGUGACGAUUACACUUUCAUAAUAAACAGGGUGAAACUAGAAGACAGAGGAGAGUACGUCAUUCGGGCAGAAAAUCAUUACGGUUUCAGGGAAGAAGUCGUCUUCUUGAAUGUUCAGCCAUUGCCCAAGGAGAUUCCAAAAUACAAACCGGAAGUACAACCAGUACGAACAAGGGAACCUCUUCGCUGGAACUUCUGGCAAGAGGUCAGCGAAAGCGCACCGAGCUUCACCUUCCUUCUUAGACCUCGUGUCCUCCAGAGCAGACAAGCAUGCAAACUGCUGUGUUGCCUGAGCGGUAAACCACCACCGACGGUCAGGUGGUUCAAGGACAAACACGAGCUAUCUAAGUACGAGUACACAAUGACAAACAGCGACGGUGUGGUAACCCUAGAAAUAGUCGACUGCAAACCUGAAGACAGCGGCAAGUACCGGUGCAUAGCUACCAACUGUCACGGCACCGACGAAACCACGUGUGUUGUCAUUGUUGAGGGAACCGGCGAGACUGAUGAGCAAGCUAAACUAGCGCACGACCUCCUAUACUCUGGAGAUCGAAGGUUCAUAGAGCAACCGAUAAAACCAGCGCCACCACCGAUAGUGAUAGUACAAAAGUCUAACUACAGCAAUUCGAGCAGCAAUUUCCAAUCAUCAACGAAUCGGUCAAGUUCAAAUUACAACUCCACGUCACACUCCUCCGCUUAUAAUAACGUAUCAAGUUCGUCGAGCAAUAUUCGGCAAAACUCGUCCUCUUACAAGUCUAAUCUGGAGACGUCCAGUAUCACAAACAAAAAUGAAACAGCCGCCACGGACAAAAGAACGGUGAAGAAAUACGGCAGCAGAUUAGAUACGACUGGCAGUCCUUCCCGAUCUCGAAGUGCGACCAAGGAACUCAUCCUCCCACCUGACGAUUCGAUGUGUGCGCCAGAGUUCAUCAAGAAAUUGAGUGACCUGACAGUAAAUGACGGUGAACAACUUGAACUGUCAGUCAAAAUCAGGGGUGAUCCCGAGCCUCAAGUAACGUGGUCUAAAAAUGGAAAGACAUUGAGCUCUUCGGAAAUUCUGGACCUGAAAUACAGAGGCGGAGUGGCAACGCUAACAAUAAAUGAAGUAUUCCCCGAAGACGAGGGCGAGUUCACCUGCAAAGCAACAAACAGUAUUGGAACAGCGACGACAUCAUGCAAGCUCACCGUAAAACCUAUGGCAAACGGCGAAAGCAGCAGUAAAAAGAAGGGAACGGGAGACAAGGCGCCAAAGAUAGUCGAUCAUUUGGAGAGCAAAUUCGUGAAGGAUGGUGAACCCGUUGUAUUGAGCUGCCGUAUAAUCGGGGCUAAGAAGUUUGACGUCGUAUGGCUACAUAACAAUAAGGAAAUAAAACCGAGCAAGGACUUCCAAUACUCGAACGAAGCCAACAUAUACAAACUCAACAUCGCCGAAAUAUUCCCUGAGGACUCAGGCACAUACACCUGCGAAACCUUCAACGAUGCCGGGGAGAGCUUCUCGUCUUGUACUCUCAACGUCCUUGUGCCCAACGAGGAACCAAAAAGCCCAGUGUUCACGACAUUCCCGCAGUCAGCAACUGUGAGCGAAGGAGAGAGCGCCAGCUUUACCUGUCGGACUGAAACUGCACCCCUUAAAGUAACGUGGGUGAAGGAUGGAAAACCAAUUGACGAAAAGAGCAGCAAGUACCUUUUCAGUUCGGACGGUGAAAAAUCAUUUACCCUUCAAAUAAAGUCGUGUGCGCAUGAUGACGUCGGCCAAUACACAGCUAAAGCAAUUGGCAAGAAGGGCGAGACAAGCGCAGCAUUUGCCCUCAACGUGACCAACCCCGGUGACGUUUGAAAAAAAAAAUUAAGAAAAAAAAUUAUUUUAAUACAUUAUUAGACGAAGAUUAUUGCUAAUAUGUAAG